CCUGCGACCCUACAAGAUCGAUGAUAUCAAUCUUCCUCGGAGCAAGCACCUUGGACAACAAUUUCAAGCGUAAUCCACGAUGAGAGUCACCCCAAAUCCACUCGCGAAAGGGUUCUUUGGUAGAAGUGUAGAUGAGCUCAAGCGUCUAUCGGGCAUAGCUCUGAGAGCGGAAGGCACCAGACGAGCUACCAAUCCCUACGUACUACACACAUUCCACGAACCCGAUUCACCCGAGUCCUGCAAGUUGAUGUCGGAUGGCGAUGUGGGUGGAUUCUCUCGGGCACAUCUAGAUUGGAUUCCACCAGCAACAAGCCUACACCCUCUUCCUUCUGAGAACAAUAAAGGCUAUGCCAAAUUCCAUGGAAGCAUAUCGAUUGAGCUCCCGGCAGACAAACCACAUAUCCAAAGGACCGGCUAUGCAGCCUGGAGGACCAAAGAUAGACCGCCGACAGUAUUUGGCAAGUCACUAUGGGACAUCGAUCCUUACGCUUUUCUAGCUCUUCGGAUCAAGAGUGACGGGAGGAAGUACUUUGUCAAUUUACAGACGGAGAGCAUAGUACCGACAGACCUCCAUCAACAUAGACUAUACGCCAGGAGGCCGGGAGAGUGGGAGACGGUGCUGAUCAAGUGGAACGAAUUCGUUCGGACGAAUCAUGGCGUCGUCGUGGAACCGCAGACGGAACUGUUGCGCCAGAAGGUCAGGACGGUGGGAAUCGGUCUCAUCGAUCGUAUACCGGGCAAGUUUGAGCUUUGUAUUGAGAGAAUAUGGGCUACGAACGAACUGGGAGAAGAGUACUUGAAAGAAGAUGACCGGAUAGAGGAAGGCCAACUGAAGAGCAAACACGGCGAGAAGAUUAGGUGGAAUGAGGAGAAGGCCUGAGCCUCACAAUGACGAUUGAUAUGUAAUCUAUGUACAAACUAAUGGCAUCUGAAGCAGACUAAGCUGCUCGAAUCCUAUUGUUCAAUAAUAAAUUUCAGUCCAC